GUGUCUCGCAUCGAGAAUGUGUACUGUCAGUUCACAGCUGUAUCUACUGUAACACUUUUCCAGGUGUCAGACUCACACAGACCCGUCACAGACCAUCCUGUACAGGACACAGACACGGUGAAAGUCCCCCCACCAGUACAUUAUAGACAUAUGGCGGUGUCCGACGUCAAGUGCUGAGUUCACUUCCACUUGCUACAUCUGCCACUUCAUGAAGCUGUGUCUCAAGUCUGUGUGCAGCACUUGUGGCAGCAUCGUCACCACCACAGGCUGCAGCAGCCCGUCCUGUACUGUCACCGACACAUAUCUCAGUGCUAAAGUCAGCAUCCUGGUAGAUGAUGGAACAAGUCCUGCUGUGGUUUCGUUUUCAAACUCCCCGGAAAAUGUGCAGCUCUUGCUUCGUUUGUCACCGGAACAGUGGCACCACCUGGAGGUGGCUGCACAGGAGCAGGGAGAAGUCUUCAUGCAGCAGUUUGUGGGUGAGGGUGAGUCUGUGCUCGAGAACUUCUUGAUGCGACUCUGCAACAGCCAGCAUGUCAAGCGGCAGUGUCGGAUGGUCCUCAGACAUCGAGUCUUUCAACAUGGCCAACAGAACACAUGGCGGUCGGGUGUCCUUGACAUUAACCUGAUGAACAAAGAUGAGUUUACCUAUCGCAGUGUGAAGGCCAAUGCCAUGUUUGAGACCCGCUGUCUACCCUAUCUGCAGGUCGAGUGUCUGGAUCUGAACGACGUUGGCUAUGAUGUGUGGUGAUUUACAGACAACCCCAAACGUUUAGAGCGAAACUAUAUCUGAUGACUCCCGGAGACACCAACGUGUGGAGAGCGAUGUCUGGUGAUUGACAGAAGACCUAAACAUGGAGUGCCCAAUGUCU